AUGGCGGAGCAGCAGAAGAUCAUCUUUCUCGAUGUUGACGGAGUUUUGCAUGCUGCCAACUAUGCGAAAGUAUCCUUUGACAAACCAUGCAUGGAGGCACUAGCUUACAUCCAGAAAGAGACUGGCGCUGAAAUCGUGCUUUCCUCCACUUGGCGUUUAUGGGAAGGUAAGACUGGUCGAGAUGCCGUAGACAAGGCUCUGAAGCGUUUUGGCAUUCCGAAGACUGUGGGGCAAACCCCAGACUUGAAGGGCAAAGCAGGUAGAUCAGAGGAGAUCAUGCAGUACGUCAAUAGAUUGAAAGUGCCACCACACUGGAUAGCGCUGGAUGACAUGGACAUGACGACUGAGCUAGGUGGGCGCAUGAUUCUUACGCCUCCCAAGAUAGGGCUGACCAUGAAGCUGGCGCGAAGAGCUGUUGCCGUCUUGAACGAUUUACCUCUCGAAGAUGAGUGCAGUGACUCAGAUGAUUCUGAUGAAGAGGACUUGAGUGACGAUGAGUAG